CCCGUGCUGAGUGUGGGGCGGUAAGGUGUGGCCUUGCACCGUGUCGCCUCCUGCAGUGCGCCCACACGGGAAUAAACACCCAGAAAGGAACCAUUGUGCACGACCACCGUCAGCCAGCGUCUGCAGUUUGGAGUCAAAUGAAAAGUUUCUUGAACUUUUUGAAGCUCCAUAAGUUUUAGUCACUGGCAGCCCAAACACUGAAUAACUGGUGUCCUCAUUGGACUAUAAAUAACGCUACAGGGAGCGCACCAUGAGGCCAGUGUGCUGUGGUCCGUCUCACUGAAGCUUGCUCUACAAACAGGUGAAUUUUGGAUAUUUCGUGAAGGUAUCUGAGGCCUCAGCAUGCCAGUGCCCCCUCCUCCCCCUCCGCCUCCCCUGGCUCCCCCUCCACCACCACCGCCACCGCCGCCGCCAAGCUCUGCCCUGCCACAAUGUCCGUCGGAGCCUCCUAAGCUCCAGUCUGGUGGAGGAGGAGGAGGUGGAAGGAAUGCCCUGCUGGCCGACAUCCAGAAGGGAGCCAGACUGAAGAAAGUCACACAGGUCAACGACCGCAGUGCCCCCAUCGUUGAUAAGCCCAAGGCAGGCACUGGAGAUGCAUCCAGCAGUGUUGGUGCUUCUCAGGGCUCAUCAGGAGGGAUGGCACCUGCGGGGCCCUCUUUGGGUGGGCUCUUUGCUGGAGGGUUCCCCACUCUCAGGCCUAUAGGACAAAGAGAUGUAGCAGGCAAGACUCCAGUGUCACGGUCAAGCUCCUCAGCCUCCCUGAAGCCUCAGUGGAACGCCCCCACCCCAGCAGACACGAGCAGCGUCUCCGAACCUCACAGGACGUUGGAGCUCCGAAGCUCCGUCCAUCGUCAACUCACUCCCUCGUCCUCUGCUCCUCCCUCUCCAUCGCACAGCAGCAGACACUUACCUCCUUUCCCUACCUCCUCUCCCCCUCCCCCCCCACCUCCACCGGCUCCACCCUCUGCCCUCCCCCCGCCUCCCCCACCCCAAGCCUUCCAGGACCGGCCAGCUAAUAAGCCACCGCCUCUCCCCUCCUGCCCUCCUCCUCCCCCUCCAUCUCAGGUCACAAAGCCCACCUGGCUCCCCAUCCAGCACUCCUACCACACCACCAUCUCCCAGCCUUCUACUCCUCCUCCUCCACCUCCUCCUCCACCUUUCCAACCUCCCUCUGCUGUUCCAGGGGACCGCUCCUCAGGGUGCUUCUAUCCUCCACCCCCAGUCCAUUCUGAGCCUUCCAGGUUCCCCAUCCUGCGAGACAGCCCACUGGGACCUCCUCCUCCACCUCCUCCCCCACCCCUCCCGGCUUCUUUCACCCCCAGUUGCCCAUCCACCCUACCUCCUCCACCACCCAAAGUGGCUGCAGUGCCCUCGCCGACCAUGCGUUCUUUGCCUCCCUCGUACCCCUGCAACGCUCCCACCAGACGGCCACCUGCUGUACCCAGAAGUGCAGGAGUGGGUCGCCUAGCUCCUCCUCCAGCUCCCCCGACACGUUCCCCCUCUACUGAGCUGUCCAGCCGCAUUCCUCCUCCUCCACCACCACCUCCCCUGCCGCCAUCAAGUCUCAGGAAUGGACACCUGCACAGCCUGGAUGACUUUGAAUCCAAGUUCCAGUUCCACCCCGUAGAGGACUUCCCCCCUCCGGAAGAAUUCAAGCCUUUCCCUCGGAUCUACCCCAGCAAAGAAAACAGAGUGAACUCCAAACCACCUGGGAUUAGGACACACCUAAGAUGAGUCAAGGCCUCACCCUGUUCUUCACCGCCCCCCCAACACACACAUAUCAGACAGUUAGACUCAAUCCUCCUC